AUGUCUCAACCAACUCCUAACCCUCCUGAUGCCGCCGCCGCCGCCCAAGUCGCCGGACAGUCCCCCUCCUCUUCCUCCCCCACCGCCGAACUCGCCAGUCUUAAAAUAAGCCUGCGCGCCGCUCUCCGCCAAUUCCCCGACUUCCCGUCUCCUGGAAUACUCUUCGAAGAUAUUCUACCCAUCUUUGCCAAUCCUACUUUGCACGAAGCCCUUCUUCGCAGCCUCGAGUUGCACAUCCUUCAAAACCACGGCAACCAGAAGCCUGAUGUUAUCGUCGGUCUCGAGGCCCGAGGCUUCCUUAUCGGCCCCAGCCUUGCUUUGAGACUUGGCGCGAGCUUUGUCCCUGUGCGCAAGCAGGGCAAGCUGCCCGGACUAUGUGCAACCCAGGCCUACGAAAAGGAAUAUGGCCAGGACUUUUUCCAGAUGCAGGCUGAUUCAAUCAAGCCUGGCCAGAAGGUGAUUGUGGUGGACGACAUUAUUGCAACUGGCGGUUCCGCCUGGGCAGCGGGUGAACUUAUCAAGAAGAUGGGUGGCGAGCUCAUGAGCUUCCUUUUCAUUCUCGAGCUCGAGUUUCUUAAGGGACGGGAAAAGCUUCCUGCUCCGGUCUACACUCUCCUCUCCGGCCAAGAAGAAAAGCAUUAAUUCACAACCAACGACACUUGCUUUCUGUUUACCUGAUCAUUAUGAUUGUGCUGCCCGUAGACGGGUCUCAUUGUAACAAAGAAAACAGAAAAAAUACGCAUGUUUCCACUUCCCUGCACCCAGGCGCUCAGGGUUGAAUCUCGACUGGUCGGGACAUUGCAGCCAUGACUAUGAAAUUGGCUGCAUCUCAUCGGACGGACUGUAUGUCACAAGAAAAUUAGAAGCACAAUGCCUGCCCUACCGGGCUUUUCGCUCUCGUGAGAGUUCACCUUCGCUCGUCAGAUGGAACACCGGGAUAGACGAUGUCGGGACAAUGACCUACAUCAUGCACUUUUUCCUAGGGCAUGCAGGGGGGAAUGCGUAUACACUUUUAU